AUUUGAUUAAAUUGUGGUAUAUAGGUGAAGAGAUGUAAGAGUUUAAGAGACAUUAGUGGGUGAAGGAGUGUGUAGCCAGCCGCACGAGGAACCAUCACCACCUUGUUGACGGGUCUGGCCAGCGGCCGGCAUGAACACCGCUUCUCACACUAUUUAAAGAGAUGACGCAGAGUGAAGGAGGGCACGUGGAGGGAGGGACAGAGGCGAGUAUGGACACAAGACGUGCUCUCUUGUGCCUUGUUGCCAUCUUCCUCCUCUCGCUCACCACCCUCACCUUUGUAUAUAAAAAUUUCCCGGAAUUGGAAGAAGAUGAGUAUCAGUACAUGAAGCUGCCAAUGGAUAUAGAAGAUGCUAAGAAUCUGGGUCGUGUUCUCUCCCACUACAAGGAUCGAUAUUUUGUGGAGGUCCUGGCUGGAAUCUUUGUUACAUAUAUCUUUCUUCAAACAUUUGCUGUGCCUGGAUCAAUAUUUCUCUCCAUCCUUUCUGGUUUCCUCUUCCGCUGGGAGUUGGCACUGCUUCUCAUAUGCUUCUGCUCAGCAGCUGGCGCCUCCUUCUGCUACCUGCUUUCUUAUUUAGUAGGCAGACCUGUUGUCCUCAAGUAUCUGCCAGAUCGUACAAAAACAUGGCAAGAAAAGGUGGAUAAACAGAGAGAGAACCUGCUGUUUUACAUUAUCUUCCUGCGGAUCACACCCUUCCUGCCAAACUGGUUCAUCAAUAUUUCCAGUCCUAUUGUUAAUGUGCCUCUCUGGCCAUUUUGUUUAGGAACAUUUUUAGGUGUGGCUCCUCCUAGUAUAUUAGCUGUACAAGCUGGCACCACCUUAUACCAGCUCACCUCCUCUAGCGACGCCUUCUCUUUAACAUCUGUGGUACUUCUGACUGCUGCAGCUCUGUUGUCUCUAGUUCCAAUAAUUUUAAGAAGUCGCCUUCGAGAGAAGUUUGACUAGGGCUGGUAUCCUUCCAUGGGUCAGGUGUGGAGGUCAAAGCAUCAGGACAUGUCGACACAAUCAUCAAAAACGGGGGCGAAAAGAAAGAGGGUCAGGCGGGGGAUUCUCAUCUUGUAUAGGAAUCAAGAGUUUUCUUCACAAGCAGGCGAGUGUGAGGAAAAGGUUCUAACAGAAAGGUCACCUAUUCUCUCCCCAGACAGACCAAGUUAUUGCUCUGGAGAUCCUGCCAUUGAAGUGAUUGUCAUUGCACAUUCAGGCCACUGAAUCUGGUCUUGCUAUUUUUGCUGUGCAAUGUUUUUUAAUAUAUUUGUAUAUUCACACCUUUUUUGUAACUAAUGAGGAAAUGUUAUUUGUUAAUUAUUUGUUAAGCUGACAUCUUGUAGUUUAAGGUUUCAAAAUGUUUUUGAAACCCCUAAUAUAAGAUGCUAAAUUGAAUACAGCAAAGUUUCUAGUGAGGUAUAUUUUGUUAAUGCAAGAUAGUGGUUUGAUGCUGUAGACCAUUGUGUGUUACUGAUAGUGUAGGUGGCGUUGAUGUCCAUGUAUCAACUUCUCUCCUGCAUUGUCUUGUAGACAAAAUAAACAAUUUCACUCAUUGUAUGAAGUGCUGUGGAACUCUUGUUUUUCAAGGGAAAGCCAUAAUGCUGAAUUUUUAAAUUUCUUUAAUAUUUUUUAAUUUUCUACAAAUUGGGGUUAUUCUUUAAUAAUACUGUACUGAAUUGCAAAAUUUCAGUUAGGAGUUACUUGCUACUUCAGUUACUUGCUUUAUAUUUUGAGCUGAAAUCAAGUUCUUUAAUAUCUUUUACGGUAUUCGGUCUUUGGAAGGUUAAACGCGUUACCUAAAGCUAAGGCUAAGCUUUUAAGUUAAGCUUAUUUUUUUUUUUUAGAAUUCAAUU